GGGUUGCUUAUCUCGAUGGAACUCAGAAAGCCAAAAAGCUGCAGGCAGAGGCCUUGAGGGCAUCGGUUUGGGGAACUAAGAGCAGCAGCACUUUCAGAUUCAGUCCAUAUAGAACUGUCCUCCAGGGUUCUGGGAACCUGAGGAUGUGCGGCGCCUAAAGGGGCUGGAAGUGAUCCACCUGUGAUGAGCCCUUUCUAAGAGAUCACCCCACCAGAAAAGAGUAGGAAUGAGCGAGUUGGGAAUUUUAGACUGUCACUGCACAUGGACCUCUGGGAAGACGUCUGGCAAGAGCUAGGCCCACUGGCCCUACAGACGGAUCUUCCUGGCUCACCUGUCCCUGUGGAGGUUCCCCUGGGAAGGCAAGAUGCCCAACAACAGCACUGCUCCGUCAUUGACCGAUGUUACCUACAUCACCAUGGAGAUUUUCAUUGGACUCUGCGCCAUAGUGGGCAACGUGCUGGUCAUCUGGGUGGUCAAGCUGAACCCCAGCCUGCAGACCACCACCUUCUAUUUCAUUGUCUCUCUAGCCCUGGCUGACAUUGCUGUUGGGGUGCUGGUCAUGCCUUUGGCCGUUGUCGUCAGUCUGGGCAUCACAAUCCACUUCUACAGCUGCCUUUUUAUGGCCUGCCUACUGCUGAUCUUUACCCACGCCUCCAUCAUGUCCUUGCUGGCCAUCGCUGUGGACCGAUACUUGCGGGUCAAGCUUACCGUCAGAUUCAGAAUUCCUGGGCUCCCUGGGUGCAUUCUGUCAUUCCAGUUGAAAGUUUGCUUCCUUCCAGUCAUGUGGCUCUUCAUUCUACUCUCCUUGGCUCUCUUUUCAGAUGCCAUGGUCAUGGAUGAAAAGGUCAAGGAAAGCUUUGUGCUGGACACGGCUUCUGCCAUCUGCAACUACAAUGCUCGCUACAAGGAUCACCCCAAAUACUGGUGCCGAGGCUAUUUCCGUGACUACUGCAACAUCAUCGCCUUCUCCCCCAACAGCACCAAUCAUGUGGCCCUGAGGGACACAGGGAACCAGCUCAUUGUUACUAUGUCCUGCCUGACCAAAGAGGACACGGGCUGGUACUGGUGUGGCAUCCAGCGGGACUUUGCCAGGGAUGACAUGGAUUUUACAGAGCUGAUUGUAACUGACAACAAAGGAACCCUGGCCAAUGACUUUUGGUCUGGAAAAGACCUAUCAGGCAACAAAACCAGAAGCUGCAAGGCUCCCAAAGUUGUUGGUGAGACUGACCACUCCAGGACGUCCAUUCUCAUCAUUUGCAUACUGAUCACGGGUUUGGGAAUCAUCUCUAUAAUCAGUCAUUUGACCAAAAGGAGGAGAAGUCAAAGGAAUAGAAGGGUAGGCAACUCUUUGAAGCCCUUCUCACGUGUCCUGACUCCAAAGGAAAUGGCUCCUACUGAACAGAUGUGACUGAAGAUUUCUUUUAUUUAGUUCAUAAAUAAAGUGAUGCUACAACAGAAUAAUCACCAUGACAAAUGGCCCACACCUCAGAGACUGAUUCCGAUCUCCCAGGAAUUCUGAAGGACCCUCUAUCCUUGCCAACAAUCAUUUGCAGCCAGGUAACAACGGCGGUAGUCGGAGCUAUGAUGGACCAAACCCGAGCAAGGCUGCACUCAAAUAACAUCUCAAGAUCUUAGUUCUCAUGCAUUCCAUCAGUCAGAGGUGAAGAAGAGUUGGAGAAUCUGGAUCGGGGGCCAGGAAAUCACUUGUAUUUUUUUAGCCAAUAAAUUCCUAGCCAGUGUUGAAUGAA